CUUAUGCCUUUCCGGGCCGAACACAAGUGAAACUGAAGAUUUGAAAGCCCUGGCCAGGAUCACCAACUCAUAUGGUGCCCAUAUUUUGAACAUGGACCAGUGUGGUGGCAACGCCAACCCGGGAAAUUUGUUCUCCAGCAAAAUCACUGCCUUUCACGACAGGGACAGCCUAGAGCCCCGUCCUGGUAACAAAUACAACUUGCGACGCUUCAGCGCCCAUCUGGAGGAGCAUCUGGUCAAGGAAAAGCGUGUCACCAAAUUCCCGCUGGUGGGCGCCCUGGUCCACAAGGCACUGCGGCGUCGGGAGGGGGCACAGGUCGAGAAGGAGCAGAUCACAGGUCCGGAGGACAACCAAAAACAACAAAAAAACAACAACAACGACGGGAGGGAGCCGAACAGAAUGGUGCUACCGUUCGGACUUGGACCCGAUGGCCAUCACGUGGAUGCCAUUCAGAGUGCUCCGGCGCCCAGUGCGCCGCCCGCCCACAUGAUGCCACCAACAUACUCCCGGGGUCAAACAAACAUAUACACAGGUGUUCCGAUCAUCGUGAAUCCCUACAUAGACUUCAUCGUGGUCAAUGGGGAUGAUCGAUACAUGAUCAGAUGCGAACGGAAGUCGGUGCUCGAGCGGAGCGUGGAGCUGGCCAAGCUCAUCCAUGCCGGUCCGAACAGCGGUCGCAAGAGCGACAACCAUUUCCAGAUACUCAACGUGGACAAGAACGACUUUGAGCUGAUCGUUCGCUACAUGGAGAAGCACUUCAUUCCCUAUCGCGAUCACAAGCACCUGCUCAAGAUACUCGAGCUAUCCGAUCGCUUCAACGUUCCAGAUCUGAUAAUCUACUGCAUUCGCGAACUUGAUCUCAGAAUCUCGAGCGCCACGGCACUGGACAUCUUCAAGGCGCUGUGGUUCUACCAGGGCAUCGCACUGACCAACCAGCACCAGACGGUGAUCACCACCCAGGAGACGGGCCAGCAGCUGGCCAGGAAGAAGGCGACCAAGGCGAAGGCGGCGGCCAAGCAGCUGGCGGCUGCCAAGGCCUCUCAGUCCACCGAAAACGGAGCGGAGGGCGAUGGUGCCCAGCAGAACCUCAUUCCGAACCCAAAUCCCUUUACCACCGAAGAUUACGGCGUGGCGCUGCUGCACAACACGCUCCAGCUGAUUGAUAUGCAUGCGGAGCUGCAGCUUUCGAUGCCGGAGAUCAGUGAUCUCAGGUUCGAGGAGCUGGAGACGCUGGUCAAGAGGGACACCUUGCAGCUCAGGUCGGAGGUCACGCUGUUCGAGUGCCUGGCCACGUGGAGUCUGGCGGAGUGCGCCCGCAAGCAUAUCGAUGCCACGCCAGAGAACCGUCGCACUGUCCUCGGUCCCCUAUGCCUCACACCUCGUUACUUGCAAAUGACCGCCAGCGAAUUCCGGCGAUGCUGCGAACGCCUGGAGCUACUGCCACACACUGAGAUAUCUCUUAUCACCGACGCCCUCGAGGGCAAAAAGCUAAAGAACCUCACCGAUCAGCAGGCGGAGCUGCUGGAGAAGUUCCGCCAGCCGCGUGCCGAAUACGCCCGGAUGCCCGUCCACCUGAGCGACCGGAGCAGUCCGAAGAACUAUCCCAAGAAGAUGCGGCUGGCCCACGAGGGUCGGCCCACGGAGGAUGGAUGCUGGGAGAAGGUGGGAAUGAACUGUCUGCGCAUCUUCGUCUGCAUAUUCGACUGAUCCGAACAGUCCGAUGGGGAGGAGGAGGAGGCGGACGAUGAGGAGGACGGUGAUGAGGAGGAGGACGAGGAUGGAUCCGAUGAGGGAAAUGGAAACGGAAAUGGAGGGGGCAGAAAUCGAACCAGAGACGACGGAGGAUGAGAUGAUGAUCCCACAUAGACUUGUUGCAUUAAACGAAUAUUAGCGCUUAUGAAUUACUUAUACAUAGAGUUAACGAUUACGUUAGUCUUAUGGGGAUAUUGGCCAUUACUGUGGCAGUGAUUUUAUAGCAGCCGUUUCUAAAAAUACUAUAUAAUGUUAUUUAUAUACACGCAGAUAUAUGCGGUGUGUGCAGGUCGAACUAACUGUCGCCUGCAAAUCGAUUGGGUUUUGUAUUUACUCGCUAGUCAAAUGGAAACAAUGGUAAUACCAAAACUUUUAUACAACUUUAUGCAACGUUUUGUAGCUGGACUCAAAAUACAAACCUAACAUAACAAAUUGAAACCGAAGAAAGUAAAACUAAUUACAAAACUUAGGAACUUACUGCAUACUGCUAGGGAUAUCUCACUCACAAAGUACAUCAAGUUAAUCAACACACAAAAAUUAUAGUGCAAAUCGUAUUUGGGCCCGGCCAUAUCUAGAGUCAUUAUUAUUAAUUGUUUACUAUACUUUUAACUGUUGUGCAAUUGUCGACAAAUGGAAUUUAUAUAUACACUCACCAGCAUUCAUACGAUACACACAUAAAUACUAUAUAUGCAUACAUGCAUGUAUGUAUAGAGAGCAAAUGCGUUGAAAUCAGAACUAUGUUGCCGUUACUCGGUUCUUGGCUUUAACUCCUAUAACGAAGUGCUAUAGCUAAAUCGCAUAAAUAACAAUAACAAUCAGAUUAGCAUUAAUCAUAGCGAAUUACUUAUGUAAGCACACCAGCAAAGCGCAGAGGAAACACACAAAUUGUUAACAGAUUAAUGCAUUUUAUUAGUUAAUGUUUAGAGCAAAGAACGCCUCGAAUUGUUUUCGCCUAAGUUGCCACACGUUAUAUACAUAGGUUGAAACAGCGAUUCCAGUGCGAAAUAUCAAUGAAGCAAAGCAUCAACCACACAACAAGAAAUACAUUCAAGAAAAAGUAGUUAAAGAAAUAAUAAAGAUGUACACAAUUUUCUAAAAUA